AUGUCCUGGAUCUCGGAGCUGUCAGGCGGCCAACCACCUCCCAAAUUCGUCGACAAUUCCACCGACAAAGUCAAGGAUCCUUCAAUUCCGGGAAGGAUGGUUUCCACUAAAUCCGCAAACCGACCUUUCCUUGCGCACAGAGAAUACCGCGAAAAGCAGGAGGCGUUGCAUGCCGCCUGGCUCGAGAAGAAGAAGAUUCACGACGAAAAGAUCGCUAAGGGCGAAAAGGUCGAACCCCUGGAACCUGAUCCCACGGCCGUGCAGGAAGUGGGGCUUCUAGGUCUCCUCAAGUUCAUUGUCAUUGUCCUAGUCUGCAUCGCGCUUGCGGGCAAGUUCUUCACUGGGAGUUUUAUGUGGGAAAGUAAUAGCAAAUGGCUCAAACUCGACACCUACUUUGCCUCACCCCAUCAACGGCUAUUUUCAGAGAAAUUUUUGGCAGAAUUCAAUGGAAAAGACGGCAGACCCUUAUACUUGGCCAUUGAUGGGGACGUUUUCGACGUUUCAAAGGGAAAGGCAUACCAGCCAGGUGGAUCUUAUCAUCAUUUCGUUGGUAUUGAUGCAGCGCGUGCUUUCGGUACGGGUUGCUUCCAAACGCACCGCACUCAUGAUACCCGUGGAAUGUCAGAAAAGGAAUUAGCCAGCCUCGCUCACUGGAAAAAGUUUUACGCAGAACACAAGGACUAUGUUAAAGUAGGCAGGGUCAACCACCCACCUAUUGACCCUUCCACGCCUAUACCUGAGCACUGCGAUCCUAAGAAAGCAAAGGCUGCCAAAGAGGCCGAAGAGAAGAAGAGGAAAGCAGAGGAAAAGGAGAAGAACAACGCCAAGAAGCCGGAGCAUGAAGAGCUUUAA